CUAUAAAUCCCUAGUUAUAGGACCGAUUCACAGUUUUGAAGAUUGAGAUUUAGUUAAUUAACAACUAAUGUUCAUGUGAACCCCAUUUGGAAGAGAGAUUUAAUGCACAAAAAUUAUUCCUUUUCGUUUCGCUAAGCUUUCGUGCUCUGUCAAAAGUUGAUCUGGAACCAGCAAAAACUGGAGCACUGAAAUGGAUAUGAAUGGCAUGCAUGGCUCAAGUGUUUCCGAUGAUGUUAAUGCUGGUGAUUCAGAGUUAGAGUCAAAUAAAGUUGACUUACUUGUGGAGGUCUCGUCUAAUGGAGAGACUAUUGGAGUUCUAGGGAUUGCAAAUGAAAUCUUAAUGAGAACGGAAUUGGAUUUAGCAUGUUCUUCAGAGAAGCUAGUUAACUUAAAUGUGCUUAUGAUGCAUGUGGCAACCAGAGAAACUGAUUUUGAAGCAUUUGUUUCGGAUAAAGAAUACGCAUUAGAUGAUUCUGCUCAUAAGGCCGCCCUGGAAUUUGACCUGUUAUCUGGAAUUUUGGAUUCGGAGGUGGAAGAACUGGAUACACUCAUGGCUACACUGCAAAUAGAAGUUGCAAAUGUACGUGAGAUGAUUUCUUCCUCCAAACAUUCUGUAGAUGCUUUCUUGGAGGCGGAAGAAAAGUUACGUGAUUCUGAAGAAACAUUGAAGCAGUCACAGAAUCAAAUAUUGGACAUCAGGAUGCAAUCAUCGAAGUUCCAGAGGAUACUGUCAUGUCAGGUUGGGGAAGAAAACUGGAAUGGUGACAAAGGGGGAGCAUCUCCAGAAGAUGGCCGGUUUUUUAAUUUGGACAAAAACCUAAAUUCUGCUGAACAACGAAGACAUGUUCUGAGGAUGCUUGAGAAAUCUUUGGCAAGAGAAAUUGAUCUUGAGCAAAAGUUGUCUGAAUCAAGACAAAUUGAAGAAGAGCUCAAAGUAAGACUACUCUCUUCGAAACAAGAAGCAUUCUUUAUUCAGGAAGAAGCGACAGAUGUUUAUGAGAGGCUGUUUGAGGUAGAGAAUGCUGCUGAGGUUCUAAUGGGAAUUUCCAAAGAUUUAUUGGGUCAACUUCAGAUUGCUCAGUUUAAUUUAAAUGGUUCAGCUCAUCGAGAAUCUCUGUCAAUCUCGAAGCUUGAGGAUUCAAAACAAAAAUCAUAUGAAGCUGAAAGGAGAGUAAAUACCACAGAAGAGAAAUGUAAAUCAUUAGAAGAGACUAGCAAGGAACUUAAUGAAGAGCUUAAAGUCCUUCGUGAUGCAUCUGAAAAGGUUAAUUCACUUGAGAAGCAACUGAGGGAAUCUGAUUUCCGGCUACAGCAUGCAGUGGCAUCUGCUGAGGCUAGUCAGGAGAAGGAAAACAUGCUUCACUAUGCAAUCAAAGAUAUGGAAAAUUUAAUUGAGGAUCUGAAGUUGAAAAUUUCAAGAGCUGAAAGUAGGGCUGACAGUGCAGAGGACAAGUGUAUCAUAUUAUCUGAAACUAAUGCAGAUCUUAAUGAGGAACUGAGCUUUUUGAGGAGUAGAUUGGAAUGCCUGGAGGCAUCUCUGAACCAUGCUGAGGAAACAAAAAUGGCAACUGCAAAAGAUAUUGGUCUUCGGACAAAAGUGAUAACUAAUUUGUUGAUUCAAUUAGCCAUUGAGAGAGAAAAACUUCAUAAGCAGAUAUCUUCAUUGGUAAUGGAAAACCAGAUUUUGGUAAUGAAGCUACAGCAAACAAAAAAGGUUUCCUCUGUUGUUAGUAGCCAUGAUGAUCGAGGCUAUAGUAAAGAAUCCCAUUUCACUAAACCCAAUGUGACUGCUGGACCUGGUGCAAGAGAGACUAAGGAGGAAGAAAACGAAUUCUCUGCUACUGCUUCUGAGAACAAGACUGAGAAAAAUGUCUCUUCUGGUGAGACAGAGGUAGCGCCUACAGAUUCUGUAUUUGAGCUUGGGAGGGUGAGGAGAAUAGAUGCAGGGGUGCUUAACUUCAAGCACUUUCUAAUUGCAAUACUCUUCUUACUUAUUUCCUCGGCAGUUUACUUACUUCAAUUAGAAAAGUGCCCAUUUUGAUGGUCUCACAAGAGUUCCUCAUUUACCGACUAUGAGAAUUCCGCUAAUUGACUAAAAGGGCAAUGCAGCCUGUGUCGAUGACAGUUUUGGAUUGGUCAAGUGAUCUUGAUGGUUGUUCCUCUGGUCAGGUUGGACAUAUGUUGCAUAUUGUAGUCAUUCCGAACAUGAAAGAUCGCCCUUUCUGCCUACUGUUGAUUCAAGAGAAGUUAUAUGAUAUCCCGAUCUUAUCUGAAGCUUUUACUAUUUCUAUGAGAUGUGUAUCUGUUGUUGAUCACCAACUUCAUAGAGGAGUUUCUCUGUUGAAACAAUGACUAUUUACAAAUUAGUCUGGAUUCUGGCUAGGAAGCUGAUGUAUAAUAAGUCCACCGAUAUGGAUUCAAUGAGUCGAUGAAAAUAUGAUCUUGAAUGGCAA